AUGACGAGCUGCACAGGCGGAGGCUAUAAUAUUGUACCGACAAGCGAUGCUGGUUCCCUUACGUCCGGGAAGGGGACGGCUGUUGAUUCUUCCAAAACAGGGGAGUGCCAACGAAAGCCACAAGAGCCGACUGAGAAGCUGGAGAUCUUAAGAUCAUGGCUGUUCGAAUUCUUGGCCCUCCUCGCUUCAAUCUUCUCAUAUGCGGGAAUCAUAGCAGUUCUAGGUGCUUAUAAUGGCCAGCCCCAGCCCGAGUUUGCCCGCGAUGUCAACAUCAACACUGUCAUCGCGAUCUUGUCAACCACCCUAAGGGCUGCUACGGCUUUCAUUGCAACUGAAGUCAUCGGGCAGUCAAAAUGGGAAUGGUUGGAGACGCUGCGUCCUCUUCGCCACGUUGAGCAUUUGGACAAUGCUGGCAGGGGAGCUUGGGGGUCCAUUAAAUUUCUUUUCUUCAUCUCAAAGCCAAACUUGGCUAUCGUCAGCGCCCUCUUGAUGAUAACAUCCUACGUGAUUGACCCAUUCUCACAACAACUUACCAAAACGUAUCCUUGCAAAAUAGCCUAUGAGAAUACAGAUUCAAUAGCUGUUGUCAGAAUAGUCAGCGGAUACACUAAUAUCGACCGUCCACCUAUGUGGGCAGCUGCGAUGAGCGGUCUGAUUUACGGGGUGGCCGAAAAUAUUCAAAGCCAAUUAUUUCAAUGUCCAUCAGGAAACUGCACCUUUCCCGUGAGAAAGGGUAUCUCACACACCUCUGUCGGCAUUUGCAACACCUGUACCGAUGUUAUGUCUGACCUGAUCGAGGUAAACCUCAAUGAUAAGGAUAACAGCACGAUAUAUCACUUCCCCCAGAACCUGAGCCUAAACCUGACCUGGCCACCUCCAGAAUUUGUAUCACCCAACUUCCGUAUGAGGACAUAUAUUGACCGCGAGGGUGACGAUGGCGAAGUACGUCUCUCAAUGGAUCGAAUGACAGCUACAACGUCAAUCAUGGCGUUCUCAGCUGCUUCCUGCGCACAGCAGACUGAAGGAGGCCACAUCCACAACAAAACGACCUGUCGCAUGAUGAAACCCGACGGCAUCAAAUGGUACGUCAAUUGGCGGGAGAAUACUGUAAUCCUGGCUGUGAACUGCAGCCUUUCGCCUUGUCUGCGUCGUUACAGCGGAGAGAUAUCACAUGGCAGCCUGAAGGAAAAGCUGGUAUCGCAAGAGCCGAUGGAUUACGGUGACAUGGAAAAGACACUACAAGGUCAUGAAUUUAGUCCGUGGCAUCCGUGGUUCAUCAAGCUCCUUGAGCCUUGUGAGGUUGACGGCAGAUGGUAUGAUUCUUCCAACAUAACCAAAUUACCUAAAGAUAGCACUUGGAUUUCUUGGAAGAACCGCGACAACAGCACGCAUGAAGGGCCACGGGACUGCAUCAUGGGUUUUCAAUCAGUAAUGAGCGAAGGGGUCGCUAUGUUUCAAAACGCAACCAUGCAGGCCGAUUGUUAUUUCUUUGAAGGGAUUGGAGAUCCAUGGGCUAUGCUUUGGCUGCCCACGGUGGAUAAAUUGGGCAACGCAACGCUUGAAUCAAUCUCCGCCGCUUUCGAUGGCAUGGCGACAGGAUACACCGACUUCAUGCGGAAUAAUUGGGAGGACGAACGUAAUGACCGCUGUAACGUUGUUGGGACCACCUACAAGAGUGCAGUCUGCAUACGAGCGGACUGGCCAUGGUUGGUUUACCCGGGAGUUCUGCUCGUUUCCACGACCGUCCUGCUAGUCACAGCGGUUAUCUCCAGCAUGAGAGAUAAGGGGAAAUGGCCGGUGUGGAAGUCGACGAUAUUUCCUUUUCCAUUUUACAAUCUCAAGAUGAUUCGGGAUGAGAAUCAAGAUCAACCGGACGAGAAUGGCAUGGACGUGCCACUGCUGCAGCUGAAGGAGUUGGAGACAUUGGCAGACAAAAUCGUGGCGAGGUUCAUCGCCGACGCUGCCGCGCCUGGAUUCAUUGUUGAGAAUGAUGGAACUAGGAGUGGUGGUGCGAGUACAGGACAGCAGGUCGGGUUGCUUCGCAGAUUUUUCAAGGCAAGGGCAGACUGA